CAGCUCCACAAUGGAAUUCUUCUCUCAGUUUUAUCGCGAGCUCCGACGGCUUCAGUCACUUGCCAGGCACUUGCUGUGACGCUUUCGGCUUCUAAUUUACGUCCAGGUGUAAACAUUGUUAAUUAGGUAUUGUUGGUGUGGUGUGUGGUUAUUAGUGCUGUUCGGUGUUGAGUUAGUUCCUCGUCCAAUCUUUAUUAUCAGUCGCGUAGUGCUAAUCGCGGAAUCUCAAGUGCACUUGCCUCAUAAACUUGCCCCAUCACAUCUUUAUUUUUUGGCCAAUCACUUGAAUCAAUAAAUAAUUCCCAGUCUGGGGUUAUCGCUCGCGUGCGUUUAAAACAAAAAUAAAUUAAUAUGGGACGGCAUUAAAUAAAUUAAAUGAGAGAUCCCCCGUGUACUGGAAACGGCAAAACUAAUUUAUGGCAUUAAAAAUGCAUAUUUUUUAGCAGUGCGUCGCCAGUUUUUAUCAUUUGCCAGCUGCCGCAAGGAGAGAGGACGAAGGACGGGAGCCAAGAACGAGGCAUACGGCAUACCUGCAGUUGUGGUGGCAAAGGAAGAGAGUGCAGACACGUUGGAUGAAAAUUGGAUUUGACUGCGGACAAAUCUGAAUCCGAAAGUUCUUUAGUCAACUCCAGUUGGAACGAAGGAUAAUUCUCAGAUUUUGCCCGGGACUGGCAACGAAAUGGCUUUCCUAUGUGCACCGCUGGCCAGAAUAAUGACAUGGCGACCAUUGGUGACAUAUCGAUGAUCUCACCGCCAACGUCUUCCAUCUCGAACGAGCAAGAUCCGUUUGGACAGCUGCCACCGCUACCACCGCCACUGCGUUCCACCCAAGUGCUUCAGCCGCUGAGCGUGUUUCCAGUGUCCAAUUUGAGCGAAGAUUCCUACGAUUAUGUUUUUGGUGGUCGACGUAAGACUCCGCCCACAACAACGUCAACACAACUCAAGCUGACCUCACCGCCUGUGCGAUUGCGACCCGAAGACGCCUAUCGUGGAGCUAACAUAAACAACGGCCGCUUCUACCGCCACUCCUUCAGCUACGCCCCCAAAAGGCAACGCCACUCGAGUCGAGAUGAUCGAGACCGCGAAUCUAGGCUGAGAUGUCAUGGCGAGGACGAGGCCACACUGCGCCAAUUGCUGCUCGAUUUGCAAAAGCAAGUUAGCGUGAUGAGCAUGAAUCUGUCAGCGAAACUCGAUGAACUCCAGCGAGGCGAUCGACACCUGGAGACGACGGUCGCCUUGUGCGAGAUCCGGACUCAGCUCCAGGAGCUGACCAAAUCGGUGGAGAGCUGCCAGAGCGAGGUGUCCGAGGUAAAGCGUGACAUGGUGGCCAUCAAACAUGAACUGGACACCGUGCAGCAGGUCAAGGAGGAGAUCGAGGAGCUGCGCGAAUAUGUUGAUCGACUGGAGGAGCAUACGCACAGACGGAAGCUAAGACUUUUAGAACAAGGUCUCACCUUCUUCCUCACCUACUCGAUAUUCUCGGCGGUGCUGGGCAUGCUACAGUUCGGUUACAACACCGGAGUGAUCAAUGCACCGGAGAAAAAUAUCGAGAACUUUAUGAAGGAUGUGUACAAGGACCGCUACGGCGAGGACAUUAGCGAGGAGUUCAUCCAGCAGCUCUACUCGGUGGCAGUCUCCAUAUUCGCCAUCGGUGGUAUGCUGGGCGGUUUCAGCGGCGGCUGGAUGGCCAACCGCUUUGGCAGAAAAGGCGGCUUACUGUUAAAUAAUGUGCUCGGAAUUUCCGGCGCUUGUUUAAUGGGAUUUACCAAAGUUAGUCAUUCCUAUGAAAUGUUAUUCCUUGGCCGAUUUAUCAUUGGUGUUAAUUGCGGCCUCAACACGUCGCUAGUGCCCAUGUACAUCUCGGAGAUAGCGCCACUGAAUCUGCGCGGUGGCUUAGGUACUGUUAAUCAAUUGGCUGUGACUGUAGGUUUACUAUUAUCCCAAGUGCUGGGCAUCGAGCAGAUCCUGGGCACCAACGAGGGCUGGCCCAUCCUCCUCGGCCUGGCCAUCUGUCCGGCCAUCCUGCAACUCAUUUUGCUGCCCGUCUGCCCCGAGUCCCCCAGAUAUCUGCUCAUCACCAAGCAGUGGGAGGAGGAGGCGCGCAAGGCCCUGCGGCGAUUGCGGGCCUCUGGCUCUGUCGAGGAGGACAUCGAGGAGAUGAGGGCCGAGGAGCGUGCCCAGCAGGCCGAGAGCCACAUAUCGACCAUGGAGCUAAUCUGCUCACCCACCCUGCGUCCGCCCCUCAUCAUUGGCAUUGUGAUGCAGCUGAGCCAGCAGUUCAGUGGCAUCAACGCCGUCUUCUACUACUCCACGUCGCUCUUCAUGAGCUCCGGGCUGACGGAGGAGAGCGCCAAGUUCGCCACGAUAGGCAUCGGCGCCAUAAUGGUUGUCAUGACCCUCGUCUCCAUUCCGCUGAUGGAUCGCACAGGACGCAGGACCCUGCACCUCUAUGGACUCGGUGGAAUGUUCAUCUUCUCCAUCUUUAUCACCAUUUCGUUCCUGAUCAAGGAAAUGAUCGACUGGAUGUCCUAUCUAUCGGUGGUGGCCACCCUCGGCUUUGUGGUAUUCUUCGCUGUGGGACCCGGAUCGAUACCCUGGAUGAUCACCGCCGAGCUCUUCUCCCAGGGACCCCGGCCCAGCGCCAUGGCCAUUGCCGUUUUGGUCAACUGGAUGGCCAACUUUGUGGUCGGCAUUGGUUUCCCCAGCAUGAAGACUGCCCUGGAAAACUAUACCUUCUUGCCGUUUAGCGUUUUCCUGGCCAUCUUCUGGAUAUUCACCUACAAGAAAGUGCCCGAGACCAAGAACAAAACCUUCGAGGAGAUCCUGGCCCUCUUCCGGCACAACAACGGCAGGAGUAUGCUAAACUGCACAAAUAGCUUGGAGCCACAAAGUAUGAAUUCUGGCAUCGAACAUGCCGCCUUGAUGGUAUCCGAGGAGAAGACCCAACAUGACUCACCUGCAUCCGAGCGAUUUUUAGAAGGCGGCCGAAGUACACACCAGGGCCGGAGCGCUGCCUCUGCGCCCCAUCACCCUCGUCAGCCUCCACCUGUCUGCCCGAGCAACGGGCCUUGACUGAGGAGCGCCUCGCCUCCUGACUCUGCCAGUGUUCGUUCCACGAGUCGCGCUGAGGAUCAGCUGCAGCAUCUACAACAACAACAACAACAACAGCAGCAGCAGCAGCAACAGUUGCAACACCACCAGCAGGUGCACCACCAGUCCUGCUAUCCCACACACGAAUACGUACACUGUAGCUAUGAGAAGGAAGUCGUAUGUGAUCAAGCCAAUCCAGCACCACAGCAACCACAUCUAGAGCAUCUUGAGCAGCUAGAUCAGCAACCACUGCAGCAACAGCAACAGCAACCAUCGCACCACUGCCAGCAGCAACAGCAGCAGCGCAAGCACAGCCAUAGUCCGCACCACAGUCGGCACACCUCGCCGCACUCGCACCACUCUGUUUCCAACAACAACAGCAGCAGCCACCACCACCACUCGCACCACAGAAGCCACAGGCGCCGUCGCCAGGGCAGCGGCAGUCUGCCAGGAGCCCACCAGGCCUCCUCUUCCUCGGCCAAUCCCGCCUCGGUGCGUCCCUCCAUCUGCACCAGCCGCCGGCAUCGUUCUGUCACCGAGCUAUCCUCGCACAACUGCCAGGACCCCGCUUGCUCCGACCGCGAAGUCCAGGAGAUCCUAGUUCGCAAAACAUGCUGCAACACUGCCACCAAUAGCUCGUCCAGAACAGAGCUGGCCCAGUGCUUCGCCGAGGACCUGUACGGCUCCUCCAGGAGGCCCAGUAGCUGCUGCACCAGCUCGGAUUAUUGCUACCAAACCGAUUCCACCAGCUUGUACGGCUCCCGUUCCUCGCUCAGCAGAAACAAUUCCAUCAAAUCAGCAUCCGCUUUGGUGAAAAAGCACCACAGGAGUCAGAGGAGCCUGCUGCCCGAGCACCGCCAUCCCAGCUACACCUCCAUAUCCUUGAGGGGAUUGAACGCCAGUCGUCCCAACAGCCAGUUGGGAUCUCUGACCUCCAUAUUCGAUCGGGCCAAGAACAUGGCCCCAGAACAAGGAUGCUCCCUGGAGCGGCAGAGCUCCAAGGGUGCCUUGAGUAGCACAGAGUUGCCGGAGUACGCUUGUUCCCCCUCGCCCAUACGCUGGAGCUUCCUGGCAGAUGGCAGGUCUCCCACGGAACUGGAAGGAGCUGUUGGUGGUGAGGGGGCCGAAAAAGAGCCGGAGGAUAAGCUGGAUGCCUGGCAGGUGCCAGAGCCCGAACCCGAAAAGAAACCAUGUCGGAAAAUCACCUCCAGCACCACCACAUCCGAGACGUGCUGGAAGAGCACAAGCUCCGUUUAUGACGAGGGUCCUAGCACUUCGGCAGCCGCCGCCAGGAAGCGGCGGGGCAGCAAGGGGAGUCGCGGCAGCCGGGGCAGCAGGGGGAGUGGCAACUACCAUUGCGAGUUCGAAGAGGAGACCACCACCACAGUGAUGUUCCACCAGGAUGCCGGUGAUUCGUACAACAAUUGCUGCAGCAACAACUACAACUACAUACAAUGCAACAGCUAUCUGGACCAGGACCUGCAGAUAACCAGUGAGGACAUCCACCAGUACUUGUCCAAGGGCGAUGCCACGGCCAGCGAUAUCCUGAACAACUCCAAGAACUAUCCCUUCCAGCCCAGCAACGCUCUCGAGUUCCAAUACAAGAACAACUUCCAGCAGGGACAGAAUCUGAACAACAACAAUACGAACACCACGAACACGGCUUCCAGUGACGCGGCGGAGUGCUUCCAGAGCUACAGAGCCAGCUCGAAGGAAACCAAUCUGAACCAGAGCUCUACGGAGCAGCUCUCGCCCACAAAUAUUAAUUUAUCAACGAGCUCGAACAACAUAAAUAUUGUAUUCAGCAGCAGCUUGGAGAGGAAUGCCAAUGAGGUGAAAUUCAUCAACAAUAGGGGGGGCGCUGGAGGCACCACCGGCGAAAUAGGAUGCGAGAGCCACCAUGCCGGCUACUUGCCCUACACCUAUCCCAGUUAUGAUUACACGAAUAUGUCGGGAAAUUCCCAUUUCGAGAAGCCCCUGGGAAUCGAUGAGUUGCCCAAGGAGUUUGCCGGAGCAAGCGCUGGGGCAGUAGUUGGGUUGGGAGUUGCAGGAUAUGGAGGUGCCUCGACCACCAGCGAGCACUCCUCAUCGCUGCCGUCGCCACCACCGUUGACACACCACCAGCAGCUGCACCACUUCGAGUCCUUCGAUGCCGCCUCCGAGCACAAUUUGCUGGCGCAGCCCCUGUCGCCCGGAUCCCCACUCUCCGGCUCGGUAAAUCCCGCUGGUGAUGAUUUCGUGCAGAUGCAUCACUACCAUCACAGCACUGACUCCCCACAAUCGCAAUCGCACCAACCGCACCACAGCCACGCCCACUCGCAUGCGCACCACACCCACCAACACCAGCAUCAGCAUCAGCACCAGCACACGCACCACCAGCAUUCGCACCACACCUGCGACCUGACCGAGGAGCAAUUCCGGCUGGGAUCGGCUUUAAAGCGAGUGCGCAAGCGAGCACGCAAGUACACCGACUUCAUGCGCAAGAAGUGAAGCGGUUGAAGCCCAUAAGCCAGGACUCACGGCAUCCUGCAUCCCCUAUAGAUUCACCCUACUUUGGCCGCAAGUAUCUGGUGGUCUCGAAGCGGCGCUCCCAGAGUCUGGACGAGGACUAACAGCCUGGCGGCGACUGGACAAGCAAUAACUGAAUCCGGGAGCGGAACCAUAUUAACAUUUAUAAUUAAAAUUUUUACACUGCCAAAAAAAAGGAAGAGGAUUAAACUUAAUUUUUUGCUAAGCCAAAAACUCUGUUAAAAGCGAGAAUCACUGAAACGAGACACUAGCACAAUGGGAAGAGUGGAUUUUUAAACGAAAGACAAAUAGUUUAAAUCUUAAAUUAAGUUACAGAGAUAAAAAGACAGAGAGAAGGUAAUUAAUCAAAAUCUGUUUCAAAUCUGUUGGUUUGUUUGAUCAGAAAAAUCCACUCCUCCCAGAGCACAACCACACAUACGAAUCACAUCAGCUACAAAAACCAAAAAGAACACAAAACACCUACACAUACAAAAAAAAUGGAAGAUGAACAACGACUAUUUUAAAUAAAAUACUUAAGCUAACAGUGCGUAUACAUAAUAGCAGAGUUAGGGGUGAGAGAGGAGAACAUUUGUAUAUUCAACUUAUAUAUUAAGCGAAGGUUUUGAAUUUGCAUAUUUAAAUUGACUAAAAACCAUAUACAUACAUAGAUAAGAGCCAAGGCAAAUGGAAAUAAUAAUGCACACACCUACUCAAGCCUAGAUGAUAGAAAACUAAAAAAAAAUAAAUUAUAAAAAUGGAAAGAAUCAACCAAUCUAAAAUACCAGUUAAUGAUAGCUAUAAGGAUGCGAUGGAUCAGAUCGGAGCAGCGCCACAAGAUUUAGAGUUUCAGCAACCGCAACUGCAAACUGCAACCUGCAACUGCAACUAAAUAAUAAUAAAAACAUUAUUAAAAAUAAAUAAACAAAAAAUGAAAACGACAAACGAACAGAAAAGUGAACAGCAACUGUAGUUUGGCACACUAAAUGCAAAGUUUAAAGUUAUAAACAGAAUAUUUAAAAAACAAACAAAGAGUUAAGAUUACACAAUAAUGUGAGAGAGGGUUUUGUUAAUAUUUUUUUUGAUAAGCGCGUUUUUAUGAUUGAACGAGUUUCUUCAGGGACUGCUUGCGAUUUUUGUAAUAAAGCAAUAAGCCGUUUUGCUCAAGGAUCAAACACGUUUCCCGUUUCCCCCAUCCUGCCCCCGGUUUUCUCUUCUUUUAUGAAUUUUAUCUUAUGGGCAGGGCCGUUGAGAGGGGGGGUUAGCCGGGUAAUUUUCCCGGGGCCCGCAAUGGACAGGGGCCCGGCAGCGGGGUCUAAUGACCGGGGCGUCAGCGGGACGAAAACGAAAAAGGGCCCGUGAGGAAUCCAUGCCCCGGGGCCCGACAUGGCUUCUCGACGGCCCUGCUUAUGGGAGAGGUGUCCUGACGGCAUGUCAGGUCCUCUGCUUCGUGUUUUCGUGAAUUAUCCCCAACAACUGUCUUCCAAUUAUACUUUCUAGUUGUAUCUCUCUAGUUUCAGUUGCUCUGUUUCGAAAGUGAACAAAAAUGAAAUAACUAAAUGUAAACUAAGCACUCGAACUUAAUUUAAUAGCCGUUGAAUCAGACGUACCUUGCGUGAGAACAAAACGAGAAAAUUGUAAAUAACUGCUGUUGAUUAAUUAAUAACCUAAUUUACGACUAACUAACUAAAUGAACUUAAUUUGUAGACAUUAGCCAAGGCGAAUCAUUAUGAAUUAGUGAACCGAAAAUAAUAAAUAUAAAUGCACUGCCAAAAACAAAGGUUUUAAGUAAAUGAACAACAAAAUAGGAUUCGAAACAGAAGUUCACACAAAAAAAAAACCAAAACCAAAAACCAAACCAAAUAAAAAACACAAAAUUGAAACGAAAAAGAAAAACUGCUGUAAAUAUAAGAAUGAAUACAUAUAGAGAAAUCAUAGACAUUUUUUAAAGGCACAUUAAUUAAUGAGAAGCAUGCAAUUUGCAGAUUUUUUACAUUAUUUUAAUGAACUAAGCAAAACAAUAAUGAGUUGAAAGGAAUUACGAAAACCAAUAAUAAUUAAAUGAAAGUAAGAGAAUAAAUUGCCAAGCGGCGACGCGAUUUUGUAACAAAAUCAAAAGAAAAAAUGUUAACAUUGCGUAAAGUUAAAAACAAAAGAGAAAAAAAAAACAAAAUACCAGAACAACACUAACACGACACCGGAAACGGAAACGAAAGCGAGUAGCGAGUAUCAACCGAUAGCCGGAAACCGAUAACCGAUAGGCGAACAGGUCUUGAGUUGUGUGCACUAAUCGAACUGUAAAUACCAGAUCAGCGAACUAGCUGAAGCCGUAAGGAAGAUUAUGAAAUUAUCCAGUAAUAGGAGAACGAAAAUAACCAAAACCAGGCAUAACACCCUUUUAAAGUUCAAGUAGCAAUGACACUAACUUACCAGUUACCCCCCGAAACCAAAGACCUCGAUGGCGGAAUUAAUAAAUGGGGAUCGAUAAUCACACAACAACAACAAAA